GAGGACUUGGACAAAUGCCGGUGGUGCCCAAGGGACAACACCUGGAAGAUCCAGGUUGGUGGACGUUGGUGGACGUUGGUCUUCUCGGGCAUACAUUCCACUUCUGUGUUUGCUCUGCCGGUGGGUUUCACCAAGACUCUGGCAGCAUGCCAGUGUUGACCGCCAGGAAUAGGGACUGUCCCACGGAAGAGAUGAAGUGUAGUUGGCUGGAUGUGAUGGGUGAUGCGGAUGGCCGUCGGUGUCGGAAAACAGAAUGGGUGGGGAGGUUGUGUUGCACAGAGACACGGGAAGCGAACUCCCGCCAGCAAGCCUCGGCGAGAGACGUUGCGGGGAUGGGAGGCAGGGGCCCCGCUGCCCCCGCCACACUUACUGGACAUCGUCAAAGGAUCCAUGUUCCACACUGCCACAUCCGCAAUUCUCCACAGUUCCCGUUCCUCGCCGGACAGCACUCCGUCUUCAUCCGUCCAUGCCGCAACAGCCGUCAACCAUCUCCCGGCGAUACGAUAUCGCCCUGUGAUUAA